UAGGCCGAGCGGGGCCUGCGUGACGAGGGAGCGGCGAAAGAGAGAGGGAGAGACUGGGCUAACGCCGGCUAGUAGCCGCGGCGGUGGGUUCGGCCCAUGGGCCGGGUGUAAUCACAAUGGCAGAGGAGUUGGCUCAGUCCAUGUUUUUCCAGCAUCAGUAUAUGUGUUCGGAGUGCGGACUUCUCUACAACACUUUGGAGGCGGUGCUGCUCCACCACCAGAGCCAUUUAGGGGAGUCCUGUGAGGUUGCAGCCGCUGCCACAGUUGCCAAAGCGGAAUCCCAACAAGACAGCCGGUAUCAGUGCCUGGAAUGUGGGUGUGUCUUGUGCUCACCUGAUGAACUGUUAGCGCACCAAGAAGUGCAUCCCAGGGAAGUACCAACCCGCCCUUCAUCUCUCCCAGCCACCACUGGACAGAUCCGCUACCAAUGCAAUGAAUGUCAUGAACUUUUUCCUUCUACGAGCCUCUGGCUAGCUCACCGCCGGACACACCAGAAACAGGAGGCAAACUCUUCUCCAUCAAAUUUACCACCUUCUCAGCCGCCUCCCUCCCCUCUUCCCCAAAUACCCAAUCCUCAGCCUCCCCAGAUCUCUUGCCCCCCAACCUUGCAGGAACUACAUCCGCCGUCACCACCGUCUGUCCCCCCCAUGCACCCUUAUGAAUGCUCAGAAUGUGCCUGUCUUUUCUUAACGCCGGAGGAGCUGCUGGAGCACCAGGGCGAACAUUUUACUGAGAUCGAGAAAGAGAGCGGGGAGCCAGCUGAGGUGGCCACACAAGAGGCAUCCAGCCCCCACAUGUCCCCAGGGCCAGGCUCUGAGGAAACGACACCAGCGCCUCCCCCUGCUCAGGUUUUCUGUUGCGCCAAGUGCAAGCAGGCCUUCGGUACAAUGUCGGCGCUGCAAAAACACCAACAGGAGCAUGUGGAGAGCAGUGAGGAAUUCCUGUGUGGGGAAUGCCAGCGUGGCUUCACCACAGCCAAGCGGUUAUUGGCUCACCAGCGGGUGCACGUGGAUGGCACGUACGAGUGUCCAAAUUGCAACAAGAUCUUCAAAAAGGCAGCCUCUCUUGAACAGCACAUGCGCAUCCAUAAAGGCGAGGCCCUCUACCUCUGUGUGGACUGUGGGCUCGGCUUCUCCACCGAGAUGACCUUAAUCAUGCACCGCAAAAACCACACGGCCAAUCCCUUGCACCGCUGUCACUGUGGCAAGACUUUUAGCAACAUGACCAAGUUCCUUUACCAUCGACGCACACACGCUGGCAAGAGUGGGAUCCCGGCCGCUCGGGGGGCCGGAGGAGACCCUGCCUCUGGGCAGCCGACUGAACAAGUGCCCAGUGAGGAGGAAGCACUUGUGAAUGGUUCUGCCCCUUCCUCCCUUUCACCAGGGAACUCGGCCGAGGUCUCCAGUGGUGGGUUCCUGUGUCCUCAGUGUGGAAAGGCGUUCUCCACCCAUAUCCGGAUGGUGCGGCAUAAGCGAGUCGUGCACGUGUUGGAGCGCAAGCACAAAUGCCCCACCUGUGGCAAAAAGUUCAAGAAGCUGGUGCAUGUGCGGAAUCACCUGCGGACGCACACGGGGGAGAGGCCGUUCCAGUGCUCCGAAUGUGGCAAGACGUUUGUUUCCCAGGCUAACUUGGCCCGGCACCAUGUAACCCACACCGGAGAACGGCCUUACCAGUGCCAGGUCUGCGACAAGCGCUUCACUCAGUCCUCUAACCUUCGCCAGCAUCGCCUUUUGCACAUGGCUCCUAACGGAGACGGGCCCCACUCGUGUGACGACUGCGGGGCUGCGUUUCUCCGAGCCCGCCAGCUAGCCUUGCAUCGAACGGUACACACAGGGUGCUUGCCUUUCCCUUGUCCAGAGUGCGACAAAUCCUUUUCACGCCAUCAUCUCCUUGAACUGCACCGGCUUAGCCACUCUGGGCACGAGCCUCACAGCUGCCCAGACUGUGGCGCUCUUUUCGUGGUGGCCUCCAAGCUGCAGGAGCACCGCUGCACCAAGCAGAGCGAGCAGGGGAGCCCCCAGCAGUCGUACCUCUGCACGUCUUGUGGCAAAUACUUGGGCUCGUUGGCCAAGCUGACGUUACAUCAACUGGUCCAUUCGGGGCAGCGUCCAUACAACUGUCCCCUCUGCGGGAAAGCCUUCACCACCCCUAGCGGGCUGAGCCGACAUCAACAGCGCCAUGCUGGCCUGCGCCCUCACAAGUGCCCUACCUGCAACAAGACAUUUGUGGCGGCCUCGGGGCUGCAGCUGCACCAGCGCACGCACACGGGCGAGCGUCCGUUCCUCUGCCCAGAUUGUGGCAAAGCUUUCCGGCAGGCCACCCAUCUUCGUGAACACCGACGCCUGCACACCGGGGAGCGCCCCUAUCGCUGUCCAGACUGCGGCAAGGCCUUUGUGCAGUCCAUGCACCUGGCUGAGCACAGGCGGAUCCACACUGGGGAGCGCCCUCACCCUUGUCCCCUCUGCUCCAAGACUUUCAAGACCGUCUCGAACUUGCGGAGCCACCGCAAAACGCACACAGCGCUGGCUGACGGCCAGGAUGCUCUGCAGUCUUCCGAAUCUCUUGUCACUUCCGGCCAGUCCACCCAAACCAUUAUGUGCACCAAGUUUGGAGAGACAAUUGCUAUCAUUGAGAGUGCAGAGCCUCUCCCCAUGAUGGAGACCAUAGAGAUCUAUCUAGAGAUGUAAAUUUCCCAGGAAUGUAGAAGCUGUGCCAGGGGAGGGGAAUUUCCCAUCUUUUUCCGUGUUUAGAGUUACAAAGGGCGUGCGAGGGCAGCGUCCACCCUUUUGCCUUGGUGCAGAGGUUUUAAUUAUCUUUUAACUCUUCUGUAUACAAAGGCUUAACAUGCCAGUGGGAAAGAGAGAGCACCGCCUCUUUGUGCAUUCUUCAGCAGGCUUCUCAUAGCACCAAACGUUGCUCAUCAGCCGUUUCAGUUUCAUAUGGAGGCCUCAGCUACAAUUUAUGGACCUCAUUUUGAGAAUUUCUCUGGGCAGUUCCUUUUUUGUCUUGGGGGUGUGUGCUGUGGGUUGGAGUUGGGCCAGUCACCUUGACCAGAGUCGGGUGUUUAUUGUAAAUUAAAAGAGAGGUGUUCUAUUCCAAUUACGGUCUCCCAUUUCAUUAUCUCAGAUUCUAAGGAAUGGCUCGAACCAGUAUCCAGGACAGGCUGUCCUAUAGCUUGACUUUGAAUUAUUUCCUUGCUUUGGUGGGGAGGGCUAUUGUCACACAAAGUUGUAAUUUUAUAAUAGAAUAACACUGCUACAUCUUAAGGCAAAAGAAGGGGAUACUUUUGUGCUUUGAUAGUUUGACAGAGUUUUAUUAUGCCUGCAGUCCUAGAAAAACAAGCCACGUUUUAAUUAAAACUGUCCCAUCUGAGUAACAAGUACAGGAUUUCUGCUUUAAUAUGUAACUCCUAAGGCCAGUUCCAUUUUUUUUAAAUUGGAAAAGCUCUGUGCCAUCUUUAAUGAUUGGCAUAUGACUGAUGAACACUCAUGUUUUAAAACUCAAGAAAUUUUUAUGACAAUUUUCCAGACCAAAAUAUUUUAGCAUAAUGGGAAAAGGAAAUAAUGAUUUCAAUGGGUAGUCCAUCUCCCUGGGUAGUUUUUGUUUUACAAUGUUGUAUUUGCUGCGUUUGGACGUUACAUUAACAUGACUAAUCCGAGUUCAUCCAGUGUACUAAAUUUUAACUAUGUUGGCUGGCUUCACAAAAAACAUUGAAGUAUUUGCGGAAUCUGGAAUUGUUAGCAAACAGGCAUGUUAACAUGUGAGGAUAUUGCCUUUUUUUACAAUAUAAAACUCAAAGACAAUCUUAACUACCAAAGCAGAUGGAAACAGUAGGGUAAAUAGGUAAACGAUGACGACACCGUUCAGUGAAAAGAUUCCAGUGUAAUAACUAACCAGGGAAUUGUGCCACUUGGUUGGGGCCAUAAUGGAUAUGUUAAUUGUGCACACCUAGCUACAAUCCAGUGGACAAGUUCUCAGCUAAUGCUAAAGGCUAUUUUUUUUAAAUUGGGGUGUAGUUCAAUAGCAAGCAUGACAGCUGACAUGGCUAAGGCAGACUGCAAGUCCCCCACUCAUAUACAUUGAAUGAAGUAGAGCUAUGUAAUCCAAUCUAAAAUGCCAUAAGCGUUCUUUUGUGAACUUGAAUUCUGUGUAGGACAAAGGUCUUCAAACUUGGCAAGUUUAAGAUUUGUGGACUUCAACUUCCAGAAUUCAACUCCAGAAUGACUGGAGGAGGAAUUCUGGGAGUUGAAGUCCACAAGUCUUAAAGCUGUCAAGUUUGAAGAUCCCGGUAUUGGAGAAUUUAUGACAUUUCAAGUAGCCAGUAUUAACACAAGGAACAUGAGGCUGGGGCCUAAAGUAGAUACAUAGCUCUAGUUCCCCAUAUCUACUGCAAAAGAGUCAACCACAAAUGCUUGGGGUGGUAAAAACAUUGAUCCCAACAUUAAGGAGCCAAUUU